AUGUCUCUAAACCGGGUUUACACGGACACGGAGCAGUCUGCAGAGGAUUCUGGAGAAUGUUCGGCCACAGUCUCGUCGGACAACGGGCACGGGGCAGGUCGUACGCACGAGGUGACCGUGCGCAACACCGGCUGCUGCGUGUGCCUGCCGCGCAUCAUGCGCCUCACCUUUGCGCCCGAGUCCCUCGAGCGGCUCUACCAGGUCUACUUCCGACGGCAGCGACAGGAGACUCUUCUCGUGCUGGUGGUGUUUGCGGCGCUUUUCAACUGCUAUGUCAUUGUCAUGUGCGCAGUGGUGUACACGACAGACAAACGUGCAAUGAUCGUGGUCGCGGCAGUUGGACUUGCUGCGGAUAUUGUACUCUACACGCUUUGCCGACUGCGCAAGCUCCCCGCGGCGCCUGUUGUGCGCUGUGCGAUACCAUACAUACUCUGGCUGAUGAUAGCCGUGCACGUGCUGUGCUACCUGGGGCUGAACAACCAGCUUUCCCCCCAGGCCAGUGACACAGCGGGCUGGCAGGCCUUCUUCAGCUUCUCUUGCUUCCUGACGCUGCCCCUGACCCUGGUCCCUCUCCUGUUGCUCACAGCUCUGUCCUGUGGGAUCCAUACCCUGGUGCUGGGGGUCACCAUCGCCCAAAGGCACCAGGACAGCCUGCAGGGAACCAUACUGCUCAGACAGCUCCUGGCUAACUGGGUGUUGUACCUGUGUGCGGUCACUGUGGGCGUGAUAUCAUACUACAUGGCCGACAGGAAGUACCGAACGGCUUUCCUGGAGGCGCGCCAGUCCCUGGAGGUCAAACUCACCCUGGAGGAGCAGAGCACCCAGCAGGAGGAGUUGUUGCUGUCCAUCCUGCCCAAACACAUAGCAGAAGAGAUGCUGGAGGGCAUGAAGAAACAGGCUAACCAGAACGAAGUGCAGCAGUUCAACACCAUGUACAUGUACCGUCAUGAGAACGUCAGUAUCCUAUUUGCUGAUAUAGUGGGUUUUACCCAGCUCUCCUCAGCGUGUAGUGCACAAGAGCUGGUCAAGCUGCUCAACGAACUGUUCGCCCGCUUUGACAAGCUAGCUGCUCAACAUCACCAGUUGCGUAUCAAGAUCCUGGGAGACUGUUACUACUGUAUCUGUGGCCUGCCUGAUUACCGUGCUGACCACGCAGCCUGUUCCAUCAUGAUGGGCCUGGCCAUGGUGGAGGCCAUCUCGUAUGUGCGUGAGAAGACUAAGACAGAGGUUGACAUGCGUGUGGGGGUGCACACAGGCACUGUGCUGGGAGGGGUGCUGGGACAGAGGAGGUGGCAGUUUGAUGUCUGGUCCACUGAUGUCACUGUGGCCAACAAGAUGGAGUCAGGAGGGAUACCUGGGCGUGUCCACAUCUCCCAGAGCACCAUGGAGUGUCUGCAUGGAGAGUUUGACCUGGAGCCGGGGAACGGAGGGGAGAGGUGUGAGUACCUGCUGGAGAAAGGCAUAGAUACCUACCUGGUGCUGUUCUCCAAGGAAACCACCCAGGUCAACGGACUCAACAGGGUAGUAAGUGAUGACCUCUCUAAUAGAAACUCUCCCCAGUUGAUUAACACCACAGAGACCAAUGGGAGCGUCAGUUCGGUCCGGGGCACGCCCACAGAGCGCAAACAGGAAGCAAAAACACAGGUACACCUAACCCCUAACUUCCCGAGCCCUCAGCGUCAAAUAAAAAAGAAAGUGGAUGCCAGGGAGAGUGAACAGGAGCUGAACAGACUACUGCACCUGGAGCUGCUGGAGAGAGAGAACGAAGAGACUGCGAAGGAGCGUCGGACCAACCCUGUGUCCCUGCAGUUUGUGGAUGGGGAGUUGGAGGGGCGUUACUCUGCAGAGAAGGAAAGACAGAGUGGUGUAGCUUUCUGCUGCAGCUGCCUGGUCCUCUUUUUCACUGCAGGCAUGGAGGUCCUCAUAGACCCAAUGCUGGUAGUGAACUAUGUGACCCUGGCGAUUGGAGAGGGGUUGCUGCUCAUUCUCACUAUCUGCUCCAUGGCUGCCGUCUUCCCUCGUAUGUUCUCGAAGAGGCUUGUGUCGUUCUCGAUGUGGAUCGAUCGAACCCGUUGGGCACGGAACACCUGGGCCAUGGCAGCCAUCUUUGUUUUAACCAUGGCCGAGAUUGCCGAUAUGCUGAGCUGUGUCCAGCCUCCCUUCCUGUUCCUCAACACUAGUGCUGGCCUCAGCAGGGAGUCUCUAGGUGAUGGAGGUUGCGCAGAAAACCCUAAACACUACAGCUAUAUGGCAGUGCUGUCGCUUGUGGCGACCACCAUGCUGGUGCAGGUGAGCCACCUGGUCAAGCUGGGGCUCAUGCUGCUGGUCAUUGUGGCAACGGGCGCCGUCAACAUCUACAGCUGGAGGGAUAUCUACGACAUGUAUGACUUCAUACGAUUCACCAGCUACAGGUGAGGAACUAUAAUCCCUCAAAAAGCUGUGGAUACUCAAUAUGUUCUCUCUCCCUCUCGCAUCCUCAGGAUGUCUAUAGUCCCUUCCAAGUACCUGAUGACAGUGAUGAUCAUGAUCAUGAUGAUCUGCUUCUACUACUUUUCCAGACAUGUGGAGAGGCAGUCGCGGAAGCUUUUCCUUUGGAAGAUUGAGGUGCAUGACCAGAAGGAGAGGGUGUUUGAGAUGAGGCGCUGGAAUGAAGCGCUGGUCACCAACAUGCUGCCUGAACAUGUAGCCAAACACUUCUUGGGUUCUAAGAAGAGAGACGAGGAGCUGUACAGCCAGUCAUACGAUGAGAUAGGAGUGAUGUUUGCCUCCAUCCCCAACUUCUCAGACUUCUACACAGAGGAGGGCAUCAACAAUGGGGGCAUAGAGUGUCUGAGGAUCCUCAAUGAGAUUAUCUCUGACUUUGACAGUCUGUUGGACAGGAAUGAGUUCCGCUUCAUCACUAAGAUUAAGACUAUAGGAAGCACCUACAUGGCUGCGUCUGGAGUCACACCCGAGAGCAACACCAAUGGAUACUGCAACCGCCCGAUAGAGGAACAGUCAUUGUUAGAACGUUGGCAGCACUUAGCUGACCUGGCAGACUUUGCUCUGGCCAUGAAGGUCACUCUCACCAAACUCAACGACCAAUCCUUCAACAACUUCAUGCUACGCAUCGGUCUGAAUAAGGGCUCGGUUUUGGCUGGAGUGAUUGGUGCUCGUAAACCUCAUUAUGACAUCUGGGGCAACACAGUCAAUGUAGCCAGCAGAAUGGAGUCUACAGGGGUGAUGGGCAACAUCCAGGUGGUGGAGGACUGUUACGACAUCCUAAAGGAGUACGGAUUCCGCUUCGUCAGGAGAGGCCCCAUCUUCGUCAAGGGGAAGGGGGAGCUACUAACCUUCUUCAUGAAAGGGAAAGACAAAACUAGUAGCAACGGCACCGGUCCCACCACUACUACUGUCCUUCCUCACCAAGUAGUGGACCAUUCCUGA